UGCUGAUGUCAAUGUUGUGAACAGAGUGCCGUUCUUCCCCUGAGCGAGGCAGUUAACCCACUGUUCUCCGGGCAUCGAAGACGUAGUUGUCGUUUAAGGCAGCCCCCCGCACCUCUCUGAUUCAAAUGCCUGGGUGUUUGGUGGAGAGAGUGCCUGGACGUCGGCGGUCAGCUGUGUCACCAGAUUGUUCAAAUUCAUUUGUGGGUUGUUUUUGUGCGACUUCGAAGAGGGCAUGUGGAGUUUUAAACUUUGAAAAUGGCUGGGAGGAGGACCUGCUGCCUGAGGAGAGGGAGGUUCCUCUGCUAAACCUCUACCUUACCACCAAGAGAGUGGAGGACAUCGCCCUGAGGCUCGUCUCCCUGCGCCAGGCCUUCACUACCCUGCUUGGUUCCACCCUGAGCAGGAACCAUCUGUUUGUGGCAGGAAAGGUCCUAAUGGGCGCACUGGUUCAAGCCCACCACAUGGACGAGGCCGAAUUCAUCCGUGCCUAUAACGACUUUGUGGACUACCUGAGUGACCCCUCCAAGCAGAUUGACAUUGAGAGGGAGCUGGCUGAGGCAAAGAUCCAUCAUGUUAACCUGAUAGAUGUCCUUUUUGAACUGGUGCUAUUUGGGAUGAUGACAGCUCAGAAGUCCCUGAUGGUGCACCCUGGUGGGUUCAUGGAGCGUCUGUACGCUCUCCUGUACUCCUUCCUGCCCGUAGCUGCCAGCAUUGAGCCAAAGGCCGAGAGAUACCUGCUGCUGCUCAAUGGCGGGCUGAUGGCUCUGCUAGAUGACAUGUUUGGGCAGCAGCUGGCCUGGUACUUUAACCCAGUGUCUCUGGUCACUGAGCUCUCCAGCCUCCUGGAGUACCACCUGGAGAACCUCAUGGCCAGCAUGUAGUCCUACUGCAGAGAUCUGAAAGGCCACAUUUCUCUCUCUUUCUCUCAGGAAUUGAGGACUUGAAGUGCUUCACUGAACCCUGAUUAGUUAACACCCAUUGAAUUAAUGUAUUCUCUUGUUUUCUCUCCCCACAGGAUUCUUGCGACACUUUGCCACCACACAGGGGUCUAGACACAAAUGCACUACAUUACUUUGCACUGAAUUUUACAUUUUUAAAUAAAAUAACUAGUAGUUCAAAA